AUGUGGAAAUAUUGCUUCCAAACUCCCAAAGAUGCUCCCAUUCUUGAUGAUCAGGACCCUCCUGGGGUCAAAGGCCAAGAAGUUCAUGAUCGUGCGAACUGGACCAACAAGACAGAAUAUGUGCUCUCCAUGAUGGGUUACGCUGUUGGUUUGGGAAAUAUUUGGAGGUUUCCAUACUUAACUUAUAAGAACGGAGGAGGAGCCUUUGUCAUUGCCUAUUUGAUCACGCUGCUUUUGUGCGGCAUUCCUCUUUACUUCCUGGAAAGUGCCAUCGGUCAGUUCUGCAGCCAAGGCCCGGUCAACGUGUGGCGAGCGGUGCCGCUACUUCAGGGUGUGGGCGUUGGAAUGAUCUUGUUCAGCACCCUCCUGUCGAUAUACUACAACGUCAUAGUGGCCUAUGGGUUGUUCUACUUUUUCAGCUCCUUCCAGUCUCCUCUGCCGUGGUCCGGGUGCUUCAGUUGGGCGGACAAAAACUGCAGCGACAAGCCUUUAGUCUACUGCAACCUAAGUGGUGUUGUCAUGGCCAACUGGACUCAGGAGAACAUAAGUUGUCCUUCAUCCAGCAAGAUAAGAGUUCCAGUGCAGAGUCCCAGUGAGCAGUACUGGGAUCAUGUGACUCUACAGAGAUCCACGAGUAUCGAGGAGACCGGUCCAGUCCUUUGGCACUUGGCUCUCUGUUUGCUGCUCAGCGCUAUCCUAGUUGCUGCAGCGCUUAUCAAAGGCAUCAAGUCGUCGGGAAAAGUUGUGUAUUUCACCACUACGUUCCCAUUCGUGGCACUCGUGAUCCUGCUGAUCAGGGGGGUGACACUGGAGGGAGCCAGAGGUGGGAUAGAGUUCUAUGUUGGUGGUCGGUCCAACCUCACUAAGUUGAAAGAGGCUGCGGUUUGGACCGACGCAGCCACUCAGACUGUGUUUUCACUCUCCAUUGCAAGUGGAGGACUGGUGACUCUGGCUUCCUACGGACAUUUCUACAACAACAUGUUCCGUGACACCAUCGUCAUAUGCAUCGUUAACCACGGGACGAGCAUUAUAGCGGGCUUCUCCAUCUUUUCCAUUUUGGGUCACAUGUCCCACAUCUACAGCGUCCCCAUCGGAGAUGUGGUGAAAGACGGAUUUGGACUGGCAUUCAUUGCCUACCCAGAAGCCCUCAACAAGCUCCCCGUCUCCACACUUUGGUCGGUCGUCUUCUUUUUAAUGAUCUUUGUUGUCGGCCUGGACUCGCAAUUCACACAUAUAGAGGUGAUCUCCACCAGCUUGAUGGAUGCCUUCCCCAAGGUCUUCAAGUCCAAGCGGGCCUAUGUCAGUGUAGGAUUGGCCUGUUUGGGUUUCCUCUUGGGCUUGCCUUUAGUCACAAAGGCAGGAAUAUACUGGGUAACACUAAUGGAUUCCUUUGGUACCAGCUGGGUAAUAAUCAUUUUGGCUCUGAUGGAGAACAUUGGCUUCUGCUUUAUAUACGGAGGGAGUCGAUUAAUCGAGGACAUUGAGAUGAUGAUCGGUAAAAAGAGCUGCUGGUUCUGGCUGUGGUGGAAAGCAUGUUGGUUCUUCAUCAGCCCGUGUGUGCUGGGGGUCAUCCUGGUGUGGUCUCUGAAGACCUUCAGGCCGUUGAGCUACGGCGGGGCGCAGCUUCCAUCUUGGGCCGUGGCUCUUGGCUCAUGCAUCGCCGCGCUGCCGCUCAUACCGAUGCCUGUCAUGGCUGCCAUCAAGCUGGUCGGAGCAGAAGGAAACCUCUGGAAGCGUCUGAAGUCUAUGUGCUCGCCUUCCGAGGAGUGGCAUCCCUUUCUGGACGUCCAUCGAGGGGAACGCUACUCAGAAGAACGUUGCAGGACAAAAGAUGCUCCACAAAUAUUACUGCAGUCCAAUGGAAGCUUAGGUAGAGCAGGAGGAAAGGAGGAAGAAGAACGGGAUGGUGAUGAGCCUCAAGAAGUGAACCCAGUUGCACCCCCAAGCGACCCAAGAAUAGAGUCAAGUCAAAGGGCCAAGAACCUGAAGAACCCACUCCAAAGGAACAAGAUCAAUGGGCCAAAGGCCAACGAGACCGAGGAGUGGAGAAGGUUGGAUGAACAUCUCAGUGGCCUGCUGCAAAAUGCGCUGCGCGGGUCAGUGGUAGCCAAGUUAAACCUGUUCGGGGAAAUACUCUAUGAAGAAUGCAGCAACAGGUAUGGCGAGGUGACCAUCAGAGAGACCACAAUAAAACCAAAGAGCAGAAGAGAGAAAGAGAUUGAUGACCUGGUGGCAAACAGAAGGCAACUCCGCAAGGUUUGGAGGAAGGCAGAGGAGUCUGAGAAGGAGGGCCUGAAAGCUCUCUGGGAUGAGAUCAAAAGACGCCUCACUAACCUCCCGAGGGCAGAACGUAUCAGAAGACGGAGAAAAAGGAAGGAGAAGGAAAGGUCAAGAUUCUUCAGGAAUCCAUUCCGGCAUGCACGCGGGCUCCUUGAGGAGAAGACUAGUGGAACCCUGGAUAUCUCCAAAGAAGAACUGGAGGAGCACAUCCGCGCUCAGUACAGUGACCCAGCAAGGAACAACCCCAUAGGCUCCCCAGGGUAUGUGCCCAGACCCGCAGAACCAUCAGCCCUGUUUGAUACAUCACCACCCAAGCUCAGCAAGCGCCUGUUGCUGGCGGGAAGUGGUAUGUACGGUUACCUGCGGGAAGUGCUCAGAACUGUGACGCCUUCCAACUGGUAA